UUGUCAGCUGAUUCUGCCGCCUUGCAUUAACAAAACAAAAAAAAAACAUGCAAUAAAAAAUUAAAUUAUAAAAUUUAGUAGAAAACAAACAAGUGCACUAAGAGUACAAAACAGACAAGAAGAAAACAGAACAAAAUCAAACAAAUUUCUCCAAAACCAUGUCAAAGAUCAUGAAUGACAAUCCUCCGACUUAUACGGAAGUUAUCAACUCACCCGUAUCAGCUCAUCCUCCCACAGUUGGUAUAAUGUAUCCACCAUUAUCGGGAACAUAUCAACAGGCAACGGCUCCACCGCCAGUGGGACAACCACUUCCCGGAUAUGUUCCAUCAUACGGAGCAAUAGGUAUUACUCCAACUGUGACUGUAGCAGUGCCGCCACAAAUUGCUGUUAUCGGAGGAUGUCCAAGUUGUCGCAUUGGUUAUCUUGAAGAUUCCUAUUCUUGUUUGGGUUUAUUUUGUGCGAUAUUCUUCUUCCCUGUUGGCAUUUUGUGUUGCUUAGCCAUGAAGAACAAAAGGUGCUCCAACUGUGGAACUGAGUUUUAACUAUGAACACAUUCCAUAGAUUUUAUUUUGGUUUAUUAUUCUUUCUUUCUAUGUUGAGGCAUAUUCUCUUAUAUACCUAUGUCAUGAAUAUUUUGUGUGUUAUUUUUUUUUGUGUUUUCAUUAUAAUAUAUUUUGAUAAUUGCUUUUCGUUGUUGUUGUUUACAACGAUGUUCAAUGGGAAUCUUAUAAAUAGAUAAUUGGAUGCUUAUCAUCAAAAAAAAAUACUAUUUGACAAAAUAAAGUUUGAUUUAAGUUGAAACAAAGCAAAAGAAUGUAAAUGUUUGUGGUUCAACCGAAUGUAUUGAUGUAUUAUAUCGUACCUAAUUUGCAAUCACUUUUUGUAUAAAUAAAAAUAAACCACAAAGUAACUAACUACAUA